CACAAAAUCACUAACAGAUUUAACUCAUAACUUUUGAACAUCUUAUCAUAUGGCGACUAGAUUUGGUCACUAAUCAUCAACUAUGUGAAAAUUAAUUAUCAAAGACUUCUGAUUUCUGCACCUGGUUGAAGGGUUAAAUGGGUCCACUGAUCGGAUAUCUAGCAGGUUUUCCAGCCAGUUUUCUGUUCCUGUACGUUAUAAUGAUGCUCGUUAAGUUUCUUCACAAAGUGUGGUGGAUGCCUAUCCGUAUACAACAUGCCAUGAGAUCUCAAGGAAUCAAAGGCCCUUCUUACAUGUUCUUCCAUGGAAACACCAAAGAGAUCUCGAACAUGCGAUUAAUAUCCAUGGGUCGACCCAUGGAUCAUUUAUCCCACGAAAUCUUCCCCAGAAUUCUACCUCAUGUUCAUUCAUGGGUUAACUUAUACGGAAGGAAUUUCUUGAAUUGGUAUGGUCCUCAAGCUCAAUUGGUGGUUACUGAAGCUGAACUUAUCAAAGAAAUAUUGUACAAUAAAGAUGAUGUUUACCCAAAAAUCGAACUGGAAGGCCAUGCAAAGAAGCUGUUAGGAGAUGGUCUCUCUUCAACCAAAGGUGAUAAAUGGACUAAGCUUCGAAAGCUCGCUAAUGGUGUCUUCCAUUCCGAAAGCUUAAAGAGCAUGAUUCCAGCGAUGAUUUCUAGCACUGAAACAAUGCUUGAAAGGUGGAAAGAGUACAACGGGAAAGAAAUCGAAGUGUUCCAAGAAUUCAGAAUAUUAACAUCCGAAGUCAUUUCCAAGACUGCUUUCGGAAGCAGUUAUUUAGAAGGGAAGAAAAUCUUUGAUAUGUUGAUGAAGUUAACACUGAUUGUUUCAAGGAAUGCGCAUAAAAUCCGGCUUCCUGGCAUCAGCAACUUGAUCAAGACCAAUGAUGACAUAGAAUCAGAGAAACUUGAACAAGGAAUCAAAGAUUGCAUUGUUGAGAUCAUACAGAAACGAGAUCAAGAAAGAAACUUGGAAACAAUCAGAAGCGAUUUUCUUGGAGAACUACUUGAAGCUUCUCGUGAUAAAGAUGAUCUGAAACGGAUCUCUUUAGAUGAUAUGGUGGACGAGUGUAAAACAUUUUAUUUUGCUGGACAUGAAACAACCACAUCUUUACUUGGAUGGACUGUUCUUCUUCUAUCAAUGCAUCAAGACUGGCAAGAAAAAGCUCGGAAAGAAGUUUUCGAGCUCUUUGGAGAAACAAACCCUAAUCAAGAUUCAAUCACAAGACUCAAAACAAUGAACAUGAUUGUUGAAGAAUCUUUAAGACUAUACCCACCAGUUCCCGCUAUAAAGAGAAAAGUGGCGAAAGAAGUUAGAUUAGGGGAGAUGAGCCUUCCAGCGAACAUGGAGCUGUAUAUUUCGCCAUUAGCGAUUCACCAUGACCCUAGAAUAUGGGGAGAUGAUGUUCAUAUGUUUAAGCCAGAUAGGUUUGAAGGGGGGAUAGCUAAAGCAACAAAGAACACACCAGCAGCAUUCUUGCCAUUUGGGUUCGGACCAAGGACUUGUGUAGGAUUAAAUUUCGCACUGGUGGAAGCCAAGAUUGCACUUGUGAUGAUUUUGCAGAGAUUUACGUUUAAAUUGUCACCAAAUUACGUUCACUCUCCUGUUCAACUUUUUAUGGUUAGACCCCAGCACGGAGUUCAGAUCUUUCUUGAUGCUAUUUAACUGAAAACUCAAUCGACAAUUAGGAUGUGAAUGAGUGACUUUAUUUGUUGUUUUAAGAAAGGUUGUCGUGGGUCAAAUGUCAAGAAGAACUUGCCCAUGAGGGAUUUUAAUUUUAGCAUGAUUGAAAUUGAAUGUGCAAAUGUGUUUAUACUUUUUGUUGCUUGUUUUUUUG